AUGCUUUUAAAAAGUACGGCGGUGCUGCUCUCGGGCCUUUCAUCUGACACCACCCAUCAGGUUCCUUCUCUCCCACAGAGGUUCAAAGAGGCGAAGCAGAGUGCGCGAGGGAGCGUUGGGCCGAUGAUGGAGGCGUGGCCAACGGUGGCCUGGGUGCUGCUGAUGACCAACGCUGCCGAUUGGCUGAAAACGGUCCAGUCGCGGGACUUCUCCAUGACGGACAUCAUCCGGCUGCAUCCCUCAACUACACCUCAUCCCGGCGGCUUCAAGUGCUUCACGUGUGAAGACGCCGCAGACAACUACGAGUGUAACCGCUGGGCGCCAGAUGUUUACUGUCCAAAAGAUGCCAGAUACUGCAGCGCGCUGCACGUGAUGGAUGAGCGCGGCGCCAGUGUGUCCGUGACCAAGCGCUGCGUGGCCCUGCAGGACUGUCUGCACGCCGGCUGCAGCGAGGCCCCCGACGCCGGCCUCCAGGUACGUGGCGGUGGACUCGAGAUGUGCUCCUCCUGCUGCGAGGGGAACAUCUGUAACGUGCUGGUGCCGAGGAACGCCAGCAGCUCCGUCUUCUCCUCGACUUCCCCUCUGGCCGGCUGCGGCAGGAGGCUGCCUGCGCCGCGGAGCUACUUCAUCUUCAUCAUCGUCAUCUCUACAGCGAGACACUUUUGAGGGAAACUGUGUGCGACACCUUAAGGACACUUUCUCUGUGAAGAUCAAAUAAAUGUAUUUCCUAAUCUCAUGUUCACUAUAGAGCCGAUAUUAGAACUGCAUGUUUCACACAUCAUGAAAGUCACAGGAAUCCAGUUCAAGGUCAAAUUCGGGUUCCUUCUAUCCUUCCUUCCGCCUCUGACAGUUUUACAAUUUGUUGAAGCUUUAUUGUUUGUGUUAAUUUAUUUAUGCUGAAGUUGUAGUAUUAAUGUCACAAUGUGUGUAUUUUCUUUCCAAUAUUAAAUUGCUCCGAAAAUCA